AUGAUGCAAUGGGUUAGGUCCACUUACUUUUUCUUUUAUCGAUUUCUAAUCGAUUUACGGAAAUGGUGGCCGGAAGUGAGAGAACGUGCUCUCGAAAAUUUUCAGAAAAACUAUUGGAACCGGCCUGUGUCGUGGCUGUUUUCGGCGAUAGAGGGAAGUGAGGUGGUUCGUUUGGGACCAGUCUUGCCUGAAACGAUGGCCGGAGUUGGGAGUAAUCUCUGUCUGAAGUUGGCUAGUCAUGGUGGUCGCAAGAGGGAAGAAAAUCUGGGUUUUUAA